GAAAUGUGAGCCCGAUCGGCUCCUCUCAGCAUUUUCCGUCCACUUGGCUGAUUUCCUGUAAGUAGAGAGGAAGUGAAGCGAAGUGCACAGUUUAGCUGAGCAUCCAUUUAGUGUGAGAGAGCAGGAGGACAGUGAGAGCUGUGCUGAGGCAGACUAACUCCACCCUGACAUCAAGAAGAUGGAGGAAGAAGACGGAGCAGCAUCUGCAGCAUCCAGCUGUGUGUCUGUGAGGAGUGACGGGGUCACACAAACACCUCCACAUUACAGUCAUGGACCUGCAGCAACAAUAGGUCAGAGGUCACAGUCUCCAGUAUCCAGCUGUACGUCUGUGAGGAGUGACUGGUCCAAAGACAGACCUCCAUAUUUCAGUCAUGAACCUGCAGCAACAAUGUUCUUCAAUCAUGGAGCUCAGCUGACCAUAGGUCAGAGGUCACUGUCUCCAGCAUCCAGCUGUGUGUCUGUGAGGAGUGACUGGUCCAAAGACAGACCUCCAUAUUUCAGUAAUGAAUCUGCACCAACAAUGUUCUUCAAUCAUGGAGCUCAGCUGACCAUGGGUCAGAGGUCACAGUCUCCAGUAUCCAGCUGUGUGUCUGUGAGGAGUGACUGGUCCAAAGAAAGACCUCCAGACUUCAGUAAUGAACCUGCACCAACAAUAGGUCAGAGGUCACAGUCUCCAGUAUCCAGCUGUGUGUCUGUGAGGAGUGACUGGUCCAAAGAAAGACCUCCAGACUUCAGUAAUGAACCUGCAGCAACAAUGUUCUUCAAUCAUGGACCCCAGCUGACCAUAGGGAGGAAGAGGAAGAGGAGUGGUGUUUGUGAGGAGGAGCAGCUGUCCUGCUGUGCUUUGUGUCAGGACGUCCUGAAGGAUCCAGUCUCUACCAGCUGUGGACACUGGUUCUGCAGACAGUGCAUCUCCUCAUACUGGGACCAGUCUGCUUCAUCAGGAGACUCCUCCUGUCCCCAGUGUGGAGAAAGAUCCAGAACCAGAGCUGGACUGCAGACAGCCAGUCAGAGCAGCUGUGUACAAACAGAUGUUGGUCUGCAGGAGGUUUUAGAUGAACAUAAGAUCAGUCUGAGGAGGAGAUGUGAACGUGUGACUGAAGGAAGUGAUGAAACAGGAAGUAGAACCCUCCUCAACAGGAUCUACACUGAGCUCUACAUCACAGAGGGACAGAGUGAAGAGGUUCAUACCCAACAUGAGGUGAGGCAGCUGGAGACAGCUUCCAAGAUGGACGCCCUCCAUGACGCUCCAAUCAGGUGCCAGGACAUCUUUAAAGCCUUACCUGACCAACAGAGACCCAUCAGAGUGGUUCUGACCAACGGCGUGGCUGGUGUUGGAAAAACCUUCUCAGUGCAGAAGUUCACUCUGGACUGGGCAGAGGGCUUGGAGAACCAACAUGUCAGUGUGGUGGUUCUGCUUUCAUUCAGGGAGCUGAACCUGAUCAGAGAUGAGCAGUACAGUCUUCUGGAGCUGCUCCAUGUUUUCCAUCCAACAUUACAGAAGGUCACAGCAGAGAAGCUGGCUGUCUCUCAGCUUUUGUUCAUCUUUGACGGCCUGGAUGAAAGCAGACUUUCAUUGAAUUUCACCAACAGGAAGCUGCUGUCUGAUGUCACACAGAAGUCAUCAGUCAGCCAGCUGCUGACAAACCUCAUCCAGGGGAAUCUGCUUCCCUCGGCUCUCGUCUGGAUAACUUCCCGACCUGCAGCAGCCAAUCAGAUCCCUCCUACGUGUGUCGACAGGCUAACAGAAGUACGAGGCUUCACUGACGCCCAGAAGGAGGAGUACUUCAGGAGGAGAUUCAGUGAUGAAGAGCUGUCCAGCAGAAUCAUCUCCCACAUGAAGACAUCCAGGAGCCUCCACAUCAUGUGUAGAAUCCCAGUCUUCUGCUGGAUCACUGCUACAGUUCUGGAGCACAUGUUGACUACAGAGCAGAGAGGAGAGCUGCCCAAGACCCUGACUGACAUGUACUCACACUUCCUGCUGGUUCAGACAAAGAGGAAGAAGAACAAGUACCACGAGGGACGUGAGACGAGUCCACAGGAGCUGACGGAGGCUGACAGGGAAGUUCUUCUGAAGCUGGGGAGGCUGGCGUUUGAACAUCUGGAGAAAGGAAACAUCAUGUUCUACCAAGAAGACCUGGAGCAGUGUGGUCUGGAUGUGACAGAGGCCUCGGUGUACUCAGGAGUUUGUACAGAGAUCUUCAAAAGAGAGUGUGUGAUCUUCCAGAAACCAGUCUACUGCUUUGUUCAUCUGAGCAUUCAGGAGUUUCUGGCUGCAGUCUACAUGUUCCACUGUUUCACCAGCAGGAAGACAAAGGUGCUGAAGGACUUCCUGGGAAAAAAAUACAAAGAGUCAUCUCUGGAUAAAUUUUUGAUGGAAACACUAAUAAAAUCCUUCAGGAGUAAAAAUGGUCGUCUGGACCUGUUUGCUCGCUUCCUUCACGGCCUCUGUCUGGAGUCCAACCAGAGACUCUUAGGAGGUCUGCUGGGUCAGACAGAGAUCAGUCCAGGAACCAUCCAGAGAGUCAUUAAGAAUCUAAAAGAAAGGAAGACAACAUCCUCUCCUGACAGAAGCAUCAACAUCUUCCACUGUCUGGUGGAGAUGAACGACCUCUCAGUACAUCAGGAGAUCCAAGAGUUCCUGAAGUCAGAGAACAGAUCAGAGAAGAAACUCUCUAUGAUCCACUGCUCAGCUCUGGCCUUCAUGCUGCAGAUGUCAGAGGAGGUUCUGGAUGAGUUGGACCUGCAGAAGUACAACACAACAAAGGAGGGACAACUGAGACUGAUUCCAGCUGUGAGGAACUGCAGAAAGGCUCGACUGGCUGACUGUGGACUCUCAGAGACUCACUGUGAAGUUGUGGCCUCAGCUCUGAAGUCCAACCCCUCCCAUCUGACAGAGCUGGACAUGAGUGGAAACGAGCUGCAGGAUUCAGCAGUGAAGCUUCUGUGUGCUGGACUGGAGAGUCCAAACUGUCGACUGGAGACUCUGAGAUUGAGGGGCUGUGGUUUGUCAGAGAUCAGCUGUGAUUAUCUGGCAGCAGCGCUGAAGUCCAACCCCUCGUAUCCCACAGAGGUGGACCUGAGUGGAACCUACAGCAACCUGAAGGAUUCAGGAGUGAAGCAUCUGUGUGAUUUUCUGGAGAAUCCACGAUGUCGAUUUGAAACUCUGAGAUUGGAGAGCUGUGAUUUGUCAGAGAUCAGCUGUGAUUAUCUGGAAGCAGUGCUGAAGCUCAACCCUUCGUAUCCCAGAGAGGUGGACCUGAGUAACCACAAGCUGCAGGAUUCAGGAGUGAAGCAGCUGUGUGUUCUUCUGGAGAAUCCACAACAUCAAAUUGAAACUCUGAGAUUGAAGGACUGUGAUUUGUCAGAGAUCAGCUGUGAUUAUCUGGGAGCAGCACUGAAGUCCAACCCCUUCCAUCUGAGACAGCUGGAGCUGAGCAUCAACAACAAGCUGCAGGAUUCAGGAGUGAAGCAUCUGUGUGGUUUCCUGGAGAGUCCAGGAUGUAAACUUGAAACUCUGAGAUUGAAGUGCUGUGGUUUGUCAGAGAUCAGCUGUGAUUAUCUGGCAGCAGCACUGAAGUCCAACCCCUUCCAUCUGAGCGUGCUGGACAUGGAUGGAAACAACCCGCAGGAUUCAGGAGUGAAGCAUCUGUGUGGUUUCCUGGAGAGUCCAGGAUGUGGACUUGAAACUCUGAGAUUGAGUUACUGUGGUUUGUCAGAGAUCAGCUGUGAUUAUCUGGCAGCAGCACUGAAGUCCAACCCCUCCCAUCUGAGACAGCUGGACCUGUAUGGAAACAACCUGAAGGAUCCAGAUGUGAAGCAGCUGUCUGAUCUUCAGCAGAGUCCAGACUGCAGACUGGAGUAUCUGAGGUGGAGGUGAUGAUGGUAACAGGACGGUGUGUGUGCUGAGAGAGGAGGAGCUGUGUCCUGAUGAUCCAGAGAGGUUGAAGCAGCAGCAGCUUGUGUGUAGAGACGCUCUGACUGGGCCAUGUUACUGGGAGGUGGAGAGGAGAGCUUCA